AAAAAAGAAACCGCCGAAGGAUUUGCCGCAUUGUGGCUGGCUGGCAGCAAGACCCGAACUCUGACUUCCUUUUGAUAUUCGCUUUCAAUUUCAAUCUCAACAAGACUUCUAGCUCUGUCGCCGGGACUUUCUGCCGGCGACGUAGCCAGUUCGAAGCGUCCUUCAACUGGGAAAAGGAAAGCUGCUACCUUUGGCAGUUCUUUCCAGGGCUCUGGUUUAGUAACGGCACUCUGCUUUCUGGGCCUUCCACUGUCGGGGUCGAGAAAUUGGGUUGCACUCCGAUUGUGGAGUUCCCGGCGGGUUCUUUCUUCAGUGUGGGCGGUUCGGCCCCGUGAACAGGAAACAGAUUCUUGAGCAAAGUUGCUGUGAACAUUAGCCAUGGCGACAAUAAGUGAUAUAGGCGUAUCAGCAGGCAUCAACAUACUCAGUGCAUUUGUUUUCCUCGUUGUAUUCGCCGUACUCCGAGUUCAGCCAUGGAACGAUAGGGUCUACUUCCCCAAAUGGUACCUCAAGGGUUUAAGAACUAGUCCGAUUGAAUCGGGGACACUAGUUGGGAAGUUUGUGAAUUUGGACUUCAGAUCAUAUCUCAAGUUUCUCAAUUGGAUGCCUGAAGCGCUUCGAAUGCCGGAGCCGGAGCUAAUUGAUCAUGCUGGGCUGGACUCUGCUGUUUAUUUGAGGAUCUACUUGUUGGGGCUUAAGAUAUUUGUGCCAAUUGCAGUUCUGGCAUUUUCAAUUUUGGUGCCAGUAAAUUGGACAAAUAAUACAUUAGAGAAGACUGAUUUGACUUUCAGUGACUUGGAUAAGCUUUCUAUAUCCAACAUUCCACUUGGAUCACCCAGGUUCUGGACCCAUUUGGUGAUGGCUUAUGCCUUCACUUUCUGGACAUGCUAUGUGUUAAAGAGGGAGUAUGCAACUGUGGCUUCGAUGCGGUUGCAUUUCCUUGCAUCAGAACAUCGUCGCCCUGAUCAAUUCACGGUACUUGUUAAAAAUGUGCCUCCAGAUCCUGAUGAAUCAGUUGGUGAACUUGUAGAGCAUUUCUUCUUAGUCAAUCAUCCAGACCAUUACCUCACUCAACAGGUUGUUUACAAUGCCAAUAAAUUUUCCAGCUUAGUCGCCGAGAAGAGAAAAUGUCAGAAUUGGCUAGACUACUACCAAAUCAAAUACUCGAGAAAUCCUUCUACGAAACCCACAACAAAGGUAUUAUUGCUUGCUCCAAGAGUAUCUUGUUUAUAUGCAAGAGAGAGCUUGAUGCACUAUUAUAUAAUGCAUUUUCCCUCUUUCAUCAAACAGACUGGUUUCCUUGGCAUUUGUGGGGAAAGGGUGGAUGCAAUCGACCACUACACAUCUGAGAUUGCGAGAAUAUCAGGAGAAAUCUCAACGGAGAGAGAGAAGGUGGUGAGCAACCGGGAUGCAAUCAUGCCAGCUGCAUUUGUUUCCUUUAAAACAAGAUGGGCUGCUGCCACUUGUGCACAAACACAGCAAUCCAGGAAUCCGACACAAUGGCUGACUGAAUGGGCUCCUGAACCCCGGGACGUGUACUGGGACAACUUGGCCAUACCAUAUGUUUCACUCGCGAUCAGGAGGCUCGUCAUUGGUGUCGCGUUCUUCUUCCUCACCUUCUUUUUCAUGAUCCCAAUCUUAUUUGUGCAGUCCCUUGCAAAUAUUGAGGGAAUUGAGAAAGCAGUUCCAUUUCUGAAACCAAUCAUUGAGAUGAAAGUCAUAAAGUCUGUUAUCCAAGGUUUCCUUCCUGGACUCGCUCUCAAGUUGUUCCUCAUCUUUCUCCCCUCCAUCUUGAUGAUAAUGUCGAAAUUCGAGGGAUUCAUUAGCCUUUCCACAUUGGAAAGGAGAUCUGCUACCAGAUACUACAUUUUCCAGUUCAUCAAUGUGUUCCUCGGCAGCAUAAUCACUGGAACUGCAUUUCAGCAGCUAGACAAUUUCAUCCACCAGUCUGCAACCGAGAUACCAAAGACGGUUGGAGUCUCUAUUCCUAUGAAGGCGACUUUCUUCAUAACUUACAUAAUGGUUGAUGGGUGGGCUGGAGUUGCUGGUGAGAUACUUAGGUUGAAACCUCUAGUAAUCUACCACUUGAAGAACUGGUUCCUGGUAAAGACCGAGAAGGACAGAGAAGAGGCAAUGGAUCCAGGAACAAUUGGCUUCAACACAGGCGAACCGCAGAUACAACUCUACUUCCUACUUGGCCUCGUAUAUGCAGUGGUGUCCCCUAUCUUACUUCCCUUCAUCAUCCUGUUCUUCGCCCUGGCAUUCGUUGUUUAUCGGCAUCAGAUCAUAAAUGUGUACAACCAGGAGUACGAGAGUGGUGCAGCAUUCUGGCCCGAUGUCCAUGGACGAAUCGUGGGAGCAUUGGUCGUCUCUCAACUGCUGUUGAUGGGGCUAAUGAGCACAAAAGAAGCUGCGCAAUCAACACCAUUGCUCAUCACACUCCCCGUGUUGACGCUGUGGUUCCAUCGCUUCUGCAAAGGCAGAUAUGAACCUGCGUUUGUUAAGUAUCCAUUACAGGAAGCGAUGAGGAAAGACACUUUAGAGCGCGCCAAGGAGCCGAACCUCAACCUGAAAAGCUUCCUCCACAGUGCAUAUGUGCAUCCAGCAUUCAAAGAGGCAGACAAUGAAGGCGAUGAUAGCGACGAGGACUUGGUCUCGACGAAGCGCCAUCAAAGUAAACACAGCAGUAAACACAGUUUUUCAUCUCUGCCUGAGGACCCGGAACGUUCACUGCUUUGAUUCUAAUGACACUCCUUUGUGGAGGAAAAGGGUGAUGUAUGAUGCUUCGGGUAUAAGACUUCACGCCGGUCGUCAAGCUGAAUUGCUGAAUCAAAUUGUGUGCGAGUUUCCUCCAGAACAUCCAUUAUCCAGUAUCAGACCUCUGCGCGAGUUACUUGGACACACUCCAUUCCAGGUUGUCGUUGGAGGAAUCUUGGGCUGCAUAGUAGCUUACCUGAUGAGAAACACUAACUAAAGUAAAAUGGACACUGAAUUUCCUUACAGACCAAAAGGGAAUGCUUCAGUUUCAGUAUAUCCCCAGAAAUUGGAAGUAGCUGAGGCAGGGAAAGGAAGGGACUUUUAUGUACUCUCAGAGCACCAUACUUCCAGUGAUCUUUAUCAAUUCUUAAAAAGAAAUCCAUAAGUUAUUCUUCCUGUACUUAGACUGCUGUAAUUUUUAUUUAUUUAUUCCGUCAAUGGCUCCUUAGUCCAUUGUUGUUGGAAAUUCUUGUCAAAUCAAGUUGAAUGUAAUGGAAAAGCAACUUGAAUUCAAUUUACUUCGAUUAUUUGCAUG